UACAGGUUGAGGAUCUGGUUAAAGUACAUGCUUUAAUGUUCAAAUUUGAGGACCUUUGACAGAUUUGGACAUUGCAGAGGGUCACUUAUAGUAUACAACCCAACAUGUGGGUUAAGUCUGUCCUCUCUAGAUAACACAUGAAGGGACCCCAGAUGUUCUGAAAGAGUGAUUGAUUACCUCUGAUAGUGUAUGUAAUUUUUUUCCAAGGGCAGAGAUGUUGAUAGUUCAGAAACCCAUCUACCUAGACUCGGCUUACUGACUCCUUCCAUGAAGGAGCAUUAACUCUUUAAGCCAGCAACAGGCGCAUAAUGGAGCAUGUGUAGGAUAUAUGUACUUUAAGUUAUGUGGAGGAUCUGAGUCAGGUUGGCUCAGCUGGGGUCUAUAACUCUGUAAACAAACACAUGUAAAUCACAGUCCACUCAGAGUGCUGAUCCAGUUCCGUGUCUUAAACCCGGUGCUCCGUGGAGUGUGACAGUUCAAUCCGACCGGAGCACCUCCUCCUGGGUUUCCUCCCCGCUCCCUCCCGCUGCUGCUGGUUGGCUACAUUGUAUCAGUUCCCACACGAAGAACCACCGCGGCACUCAUCCAGAAACGGUGAAUACGGGGGGAAUUAACCUGGAUGGGAAGCUCUCCGCUGUGGGAUUAAUCGCCAGAAGGUCGCGGGAGAGGACUGGACUUGUGUCGGGCUCGAGGCGGCGCCGAUAAAAUGCCCUCAGGACUCGGGGUGUUUUCGAUGAGGACGGUAUCUCGAAGUGUGAUGGCAGAAGUCCAGUGAAUCGCUGGCCUCCCCUCCUCUCUUGUGUUGGAUGUCUUGGGGAGUGCGCUGCCACUGGUUUCUGGUGCUCCAGUCUUCCUCAGAGCUCUUAUCCUGAUUCACACUCUUGAUUUGUUGUUUUUAUGGAGUGCACACCACCAUGGACGGACCAGGGUUUGGAAUAGGAGUGGCUAGCUAAGUCGGGCACAAUGUGGUUAAAUGGGACAGGAACGAGUAAACCGUGAGGAUUCUCUAACCCCUGCCCCCGAGUCCCAACCGUCUGAGAGGGUGUCGGACCUCACUGAGGCAAUCCUGGGCCGUUGGCACUAAAAUGUCCCUAAGUGGUGGCACUGCAGGCGGGAAAGGUGUGGACUCUAAUGCGGUGGACACUUACGAUAGCGGGGAUGAGUGGGAUAUCGGUGUUGGAAAUCUGAUUAUUGACCUUGACGCGGACUUAGAGAAGGACAAACUUGAGAUGUCUGGCACCAAGGACGGCAUGGCGGCACCACCCAGUGCAGUGGCAGCGUUGCCCGACAACAUCAGGUUUGUUAGUCCAGUGUCUGGCUCUCAAGGCAAGGAAAGCAAAUCCAAAUACAAGCGCAGUAAGAACUCUAAAGACAAUAGUAGCAAAGCUUCAGCUGGAGAUGGGGGCAAAAAAGAAACUACAGGACGGACUCAAGGGGAGCCAACAGGCGCAGCAGCCGGUGCAGGCGCUGCUGGCAACAAUUCCACCUCUGGGAAGAACAUGGAAAAAGGGGGCAAAGCCUCCAGAGGUGUUCUGGGUGGUAAAAAAGAGAAAGAAGGGGCUAGUGGGAAAAGUAAGAAGGACAAAACAGAUGGAGCCCCAGUCGUGGCAAUAGCUGCUGCGGAGAAGGAUGUUGUGUCUCAAGCCCAAGUUGCUUUGGGGAAUAGUCGUAAUGCGUCCUUUGAGAACACACAAUCAACAGACUUGGCAGAAGCCAAUCAAAUGGGGAAUAUUGCACUUGAACCUGUAGGGAUAGUACCAGCAUUGACCACAAAAACUGAACCAGAGGAAGUGGAAAAUGGUAAUAGUGACUGCAAGACGUUAAAGAAGGUGAAAAAUGAAAAGAUGGAAUCUCCUGUCUCCACGCCAGCUCCUCCGCCCCUCCACCUCCUGGCCACAGUAGGCAACAGUGAGAUUUCCUCGCCGUGUGAGCAGAUAAUGGUGCGCACACGCUCGGUGGCCGUGAACACAUCCGAUGUGGCCCUGGCUACCGAACCUGAGUGCUUGGGGCCCUGCGAGCCCGGUACAAGUGUCAAUCUCGAAGGCAUUGUGUGGCAGGAAACUGAAGACGGCAUGCUGGUGGUCAAUGUUACUUGGAGAAACAAGACGUAUGUGGGCACCCUGUUGGACUGUACACGGCAUGACUGGGCUCCCCCCAGGUUUUGCGAAUCUCCCACAAGCGAUCUAGAGAUGAGGAAUGGCCGUGGUCGAGGUAAGCGAAUGAGACCGAACAGCAACACCCCUAUCAACGAGAACAGCAACUCGUCAGACAACAAGGGCACCACCAACAACAAGACGCGUGCUGCCUCUAACAGCAAGGGCCGAAGGGGCAGCCAGACGCCGUCAGAGCGCCGCACCCCACCUAACAGCAACACAGAGGACAUCAAGGCCAGUCCCUCCUCAGCUGGAAAACGCAAGACCAAACCAGCCUCGGACAUGGAACCCAAUUCCAGCUCAGAGGACACCAAAGGCAACAAACGCAUGCGGACAAACUCCAACAGUGGAGGGGUGGGACCAACAGGUCUCCCUAUUCCUUCUAUUAAGACUGAGCCACUUCCACCUCCCCUCGAUCGCAGCUGCCCCUCUCCAGUUCUUAUUGACUGUCCACACCCUAACUGCAACAAAAAGUACAAGCACAUCAACGGUCUCAAGUACCACCAAGCCCGUGCCCACAAUGAUGAUGACAUCAAGUUGGAAAUAGAUGGAGACAGUGAAUAUGGAGAGGACUCCACUCUCCACCCUGAACCAGGGAACUGUAAUGGAGCAUCUAUCUCACAGAAAGGAUGUCUGUCUCCGGCACGUUCAGUUACUCCAAAAGGCAGGAACUUUGAUGCUCAAAGUCCUUCCCCAUCUCCAGGCAAGUUUGGUUCAAAGCAGAGUAAAAAGAAAAUUGCUGAGACAGAUGCGGAGAUGGGAGGGACACCGACGGAUGGAUGUGAAGACGGGCCAUGCCUCACUGAUGAGGCCAGUAACGAUGGUAUAGAUGAUAAGAGAGGAUCAGACAAGUCUAAAAAGGCUGGCACAAAGGCUGAUAAAAUGGCCCAGAAAAACAUGAAGUCACCACGACCUGUUGGCCCUGGCUCGACAGCAGCCCAGCAGAUGUACCCUUUUCCUCCUGGAAACCCAAAUUCUUCCCCAGGGCUUACCCCAAUGAUACAAGGAAUUCCCAAGAGUCCCCAAAUGAAGGGCGCACAGCCUAAACCUCCUGUCAUUGGAGAUCCUGUCACAAGUAGCUCCAAAGACAAGAAGAAGAAAGACAAGAAGAAAAAAGAUGGCGGGAAGGAGGCUGACAGCCCCAAGCCUCCAGGAAAGGGAGGGAAACUGGAGGAAGGAAAGCUUCCAUACCCUGAACCUUCUGAUCAAGGAAAUAAGGGGGAAGGACUCCUCAAUGGUUCCUCAGAUCCUCAUCAGAGUCGCUUGGCCAGUAUCAAGGCUGAGGCUGACAAAAUUUACAGCUUUUCUGACAAUGCCCCGAGUCCAUCCAUUGGCGUAGCCAGUCGGAUAGAUGGCAGCGGGAUGCCACAGCCCCUCACGCCACUUCACGGGGUGAACCAGAAUGGUGCUGACAACUCUUCAGUAAAAACCAAUAGCCCAGCAUAUUCAGACAUUUCAGAUGCUGGUGAGGAUGGUGAAGGGAAACUAGAAGGCGUCAAAGUCAGGACAGAGGACCAAGGCGUCAGGGAAAGUGUCAAAAAGGCGCUCUUUCCAAACCAGACACCCAACAAAGAUUCCCCGUACUAUCCUGGCUAUGAGACGUAUUACUCACCCAAUUAUGUGAACCCCAGUCCUGGUGGGCCCAAUCCAGGCACACCAGUCGCUGAAGGUCAGGUUAAGAUCAAAAGGGAAGAGGAGCAGGACCAAGCUGAGGAAAAAGUCAAGGUUGAGGUUCAUGAAGACCGCAAACCUGACAGCAGUGCUCCCAGCCAGCAACAGCAGCUGCAGCAACAGCAGCAGCAGCAGCAGCAGCAGCAGCAACCCUCAGUCAUCCAACAGCGAUCCAACAUGUACAUGCAACCUCUUUACUACAACCAGUAUGCUUAUGUGCCCCCAUAUGCAUACCAUCCUGAUCAGGCCUACCAUAACCACUUGAUGAACACCAACCCAGCCUACCGGCAACAAUACGAGGAGCGGCAGCGACAGAUGGCAGAACAGCAUCGCGCUGAAAAGAAGUCAGACGUGGCCAUGAAAGAACGAGAAACCUCCAUGAAGGAGGAGUGGAAACAAAAAAGUCCAAUGCCACCAAGCCUCUCCAAAGCCCCAAGUCAGUCAGACCUUGGAAAGACGCCGCAGCCUCCAAGCAAAUCUAGGGACUCACCCUCUGAGCCCUCCUCCAAAUCCCUGGGAAGCAUAAAGGGGGAGGACCCAAAGUCCCAGCAAGCUGAGGGGCUAAAGAUGAAGCUGACUGAAGGGGGGCACCAUGGAAAGGAAGACUCCAAGCAAGCACUGGAGUCAAGAGGUCAGGCAGGGAUGGAGCAGGCCAUGUGGUACAGACAGCAGUACCCUGAGAGCCAGAAGCCCCAAGCAGAAGAGGAACACCAGCAACAACAACCUCGAUGGAAAGAUGAAAGGGACAGAGAACGGGAACGCGAUCGUAAAUUAAAGGAUGACAGGCCCAGACCCAAGGACAGUCAAAGUGGGCCCAAGGAGGACGGCAAAGAGGGCAGUGACCCCAGAAUCACUUCUGAGGAACACCGGGCCAUGAGCAAAGACUCUCGUUCUAAUCCCCACAUGCAGUUCUCAUCACCACUAGCACAGCACCAAGGCUACAUGCCCUACAUGCAUGGUUACCCCUAUGGACAAGGCUAUGACCCCAACCACCCUGGAUAUAGAGGCAUGCCCUCGGUCAUGAUGCAGAAUUACCCAGGUUCGUACCUUCCCGGAGGCUAUCCGUUUUCUCCGUAUGGCAGCAAAAUAGCCGGAGGUGAGGAAGGCGGCGACAAAUCUCGCGCCAGCCCUACCGUCACCAAAACGACAGCGGACUCCAAAGCCCUGGAUAUCCUGCAUCAGCACGCCAGCCAAUACAAGAGCAAAUCCCCCACAGUGGGUGACAAGCCACCCCAUGAGAGGGAGCGGGAGCAGGACAGAGGAGCCGGUGGAGACAGAGAUCGGGAAAGGGAGCGCGAGAGGGAAAGAGAAAGAGACGUGGACCGACCACGCUCCUCGCCCUCGCAGCGCAUCAUGCCCUCUCACCACCACCUGGGAUACCCCCUGCUCUCAGGGCAAUAUGACCUGUCCUACGCCACAGGUCUCUCCUCAUCAGCUAUUGUUGCCAGCCAACAAGCAGCAACCCCCUCCCUCUACCCACCACCACGGAGGUGAGAACGGGAAACCGGACCGUCACACCUCAACCCUGCAAAGAUUCAUGUGACUGGCUCACAUGAGAAGAAAAUCUCCCGGGUGUUACCUUUUAGACAUCAGUUGAAUGGUGUUUCUAUCUAUAUUUUUAGUUCCUCUGCCCCGAGGCUAGGCAGAUUGUUGUUUUUUUGGGUUUUUUUUUGUUCUCCCCCUCGUAAAUGACCCCAAAUUUUCCAAACCUUGGACUGUAACAGGACUGAUAAUAACCCAGGUUCAAAGCCAUCACUCUGCCUCACCACGCAGAGGAAACACCAACCCGCUGAUUAUCUAGUCUUUGCACUGUCAACAAAUACAAUGCAAAAAGAGACUAUUGGACUGCCAGAACAGCUUUUUUGUUGUUGUUGUUGUUUUUGGUUUUUUUCUUUCUUUGACUGCAUUGUUUUUUCGUCACACGCAGAAAGAAAUUGGCAGGGGGGUUCUGAUGAGCUGGGUGGCUGAUGGGAAAGGGGAGUCAAACUAAAUUAAAGACUGAAAAGAAAAAGUGAAUCAUACUGAGAUGAUUUCGACUCUACGUCUUUGGCUUAUUGUAUGCCGCGAAACAACAGUAUAUCCUUAACUUGACAAAUGUUUGGCUAUAUUUCGUGGGGGAGAGGGAAUAUGGCAACAGCUGCUUCUUCAGAGACUUGAGAGCCUGAGACUGAAGUUUUUUCAUUUUCCAUCAUCAUUGUCAAUUCCCAUCCUCUUUGAACCCUCAGUUCUUGUUUCAGGGAUGAUGUCGUCAUGUUAUUUUUUUUUUUUUUUGCGAAGGGACCGCACACACCUCAAUGGAGAAUAAACACUAUUCAUGUUUUCUUUUCUCAGUAACACUUCUACUCCAUAUCAUUGUGUUCAUCCUUGAAUGUGUCUGAUGCUGGUAUGAGUCCUGUUUUUCCUCACAGUGAAAGAGGUCACAUCUGUCUUUACACUCAACACGGUGAAGCCACAUUAGCAAGCGAUGAGUUCACAGGGGCGUCGUCGUCACUGCGUUCGGCCUCUCGUUGGGGUUUUGGUGUUUUUUACUGUAAGACUGUGCUUCGUUCAGCUCGUCAAGUUUGAUUGUUUUUCUGUAAACAAUGUGAAAUUUCACUCAUGUAACUUUUUCUGCUGUAAUAUAGACUUUUAGCCGACUUUUCUGUGCAUAAAUGUUUAUAUUUAUCCCAGCACGCAACUGUUUGGAAACUGUCACUGUUAAAUAGCUUUCAGCCUUCACAGCGUUUAACAUCAUGUGAUCAGAUCAUUGUUCCCUCAACGUCUUCAAGUGCGUCUUCUUCGCCCCAGCGUUGGUUGUCUUGCUGCACUUUUAAUGUUUUGGUUUUUUUUGUAUUCACUUGGCCUCUACUUUUUCAACAUCACAAGCUUGGUUCACAUCUCACAUCAUCCCAACAUGCAGCGUGCAGCUAGACUGCCUCCAGACAUCUGAGUCGCUGUCUCGGAUCUUUCUCAACGAUCCUACAGCAAAUCUGACAGAUUAAAGGUCCAGGGUGUAGGAUUUAGGGGUUUUCGGUUGUGUAUAAUCACCUGAAAGUAUGAAUUGACUUUUUUUUUUGUUUCCUCAAAAUGAGCUGUUUAUAUUUACAUUUAUAUUUAGAUAAGGCCAUUCACACUUUCACGUUGGACAGCGUAGUUAGCAGCCCCUUCAUGACAAGCCAAAUUGCCUUGGAAAAAUGCUGAUUUUAAAGUGAAACUGUUUUAUUCAGGGUUUUUACCAGUUUAAAUCACCUGGUCUGUUUGUUUUGGAGAGGAGGAGACCUCUACGGAUAAUUCGUCUCCCAGUAAAAACCUCCUGAACAUCUGUUGCCCAGAACAGACGAACCAAACACUGGCUCUAGAUAGGGCCAUUUGCGCUUUCUUUUAGGCCAGUGAAGUUAGCAGCCCCCCUGUGAUGAGCCAAACCUCCUUGGAAAAACACUUAUUUUUAAGAUGAAACUGCUUUAUUCAGUGUUUUUACCAGUUUAAAUCACCAGGUGUGUUUGUACUGGAGAGGAGGAGACCUCUGCGGAAAAUUCAGCUCCCAGUAAAAACCUCCUGAACAUCUGGAUCUUAAGUUAUCAGAGAAAGAAAGUGAGCACACAGUAGCGUCUAGGGGCUGAAGAAACAUGUGAAACUACUUCAUUCAAUGUUUUUACUGGUUUUAAUCACCUGUUUUGGAGAGGAAGAGAUCUCUGCAGAUAAUCCUGAACAAUGAACACUGAAGGAAUUCUAACCGGGAGAAGUUUCAGCUGGUUGCACUGUGCCAUUGUCACCACUAGGUGCCACUAAAUCCCACUGAAUCCUACACACUGCUCCUUUAAAAUCAAAAUGGUAGAUCAGUCUGACUCUCAGGCUGUUCGCUGACAAAAGGGCAAAAAUUUCUCAUGGUGCUUCGCUUGCUCGUGUGGCUUCACCCUAACACACAUUCACCUCGGACAGUUAGCGUGGUUUCCUCACCGGCUAGCUCUGGAUGAACUGGGCCAAUGAGUCUGGUACCUCAGACAAAGUGUUUGAAAUUACCUUAAAAUAAAAUCUCUCAGCUGUUACAAACAUGAGCCAAUCAGAUGCAGAAAAUGAACUUAAAUAAAGAAGAAGGGUGAGCCGGUGAAAAGCUUGGAGCAACGUGGCGAAAACGGGUUCAAUGGGACCUUGAUCAUGUGCACACGCACACACAGCUGAAGCAGGAAGGCUCAAAGUUCAGCUGAGAAGAAGCACGUUGCUCUGGGCUUUUCCUUUGGAUCUCAAACUGGUGGUGCCACUCUGUAAAUUCACUUUAAAGCUACACAAAAAGCGACAGUCAUCACGGCCUGUUCUACCAGAGGACCCUCUUAGGCUUUAAAUUACAGUUCUCUCGUACCUCAGGGGUUGUAAGUGAAAUUCUAUCCAGAUGCUAUUUGCAUUGAUUUGAGAGGGCUUCUGUUUAUGGUUGGUGGGGGAGGGGAAGCACAUUUUCUGCUCUGAGCUGGAGGUGCUGCUGUAGUGCUUUCAUUCAUACAUGACAAAUUGGCUCAGGAGAGGGACUUGUUAAAGGUUUAAUGCCACACCGUGCUGUCAUGGGUCGUGAACGGUCUUUACGUCCCUCUGACGCAGAAUAUUGACCAUGUUGUCAUUAAAUUUUAUUGAUUUUUACACUUUUAAAUGUUCCCAUUGUCGUCGUUUUUUCCUCAUUAAAUACUGUAUGUGAUCCACCAGUUGAUCUAACGCCCCCUGAGGUCGGAUGUUUGUCGACACUCAUGAUCGUGAAACCGCAGCUCUUCAUUUCGAGGUUCCUCGGACAUUCCCAGUAAAUACGUUGCCAGUUUCUCGUCCCACGGAAAGUUUGCAAGACGGUAUAUCUUUUUUGACAUUUUUGCGCAUUUUAAAGAAGAAUGGCUGACAUGAAAAAGCUGAAUGUGGUGGUGUUUGACUUGUACUUAAUCUGUAAGGGUAAUCUAGGCAGCUGUGAUGUUGUCAUUAAAGUCGGUGGGUUUUAGUACCAGCAGACUGCAUACAGUACAUAUAGUUUUAUCAGACAUUGGUUGUGACAAGUGCAUUUGUUCUCUCUCUGAGAGUAGUAAUGUUAUCUCAGUAGUAAGCAAAGCCCAGUGAAAAUCAUAUAUACUGAAGUGUAUGAAAAGCCAGAAAAGUAAUGUUUGCUAUCAACAUAUUGGAAAGUGCUUGGCUCUUGUAUUUUGCAGGACUGUAUUUGUUUCAUGGUGAAGAGUAUAUUUAUUGGCCAGCAGUUGUCUCAAUUGGUGCCUAGUUGAACAUUCUUCUGUGAAAACACAGAGACACUUGCUCGUUUGUCCUUUUCCCGACCCGCCUACUGUCACACAAAACUCCCCCCCCCCCUCCCCCACCACCUCCUCCCUCCUUCUCCUCCUUCUCCUCCUCCUCCUCCUCCACCCAGAGUACCAGUCAUGGUGCUUGCAAGGAUGUUUACAAUGUCUUCAUUUUCUUUCUGUGUGAGAAAAUUCAGAACUCUUCACCCUCUCCUCCUUUCUCCCUCCCUUCAGGAGUUUGUGUAAAGUGUACAUUAUCAUGGUUCUUUUUUAUACAAUACUCUGUAACUUGCCUUUGUAAAUUUGGGCUGGAAAAAAAUAAA